GUUUUGUUUAAUCGACCACCCCACCUCUCUGCAACUAAUAUCAAUUACAAAAUUCGGAUUCGACAUCUCACAAUGGAAUCACACGCUGCAAAAAUUUCCCCACCUUUCACUCUCUUCCCCCCUCUGUCUUCCUAUCUCUCCAGCCUUAUAUUCAUCGCCCAACCCCAUCCAUAUCCAGAUUUCCUUCCUCUUUCUCUCCCCCUGGUCCUGCCAAAACAGAAGAACCCAGAAAACGGAGGGACGCAAGUACACAACAAGAAACCCAGCCGCCAGCUUCACCUGAAAGAUUAGAUAGAAAUGGCUGAGCCGGAGGAAGCUGCUGAGAAGUCAAAGGCUCAAAACCCACACCACCAGAGUCAGGGUCAACCCCUCCACCACCACCAACAACAAUAUCACAGUGUUUUCGUUAAUUCUGCUCCGGCUAUGUUGGGGAGAGACAGGGGAGAGUCUCUCAUGGAGGUCGACCUCGAUCUCGACAAUUCAUGGCCUUUGGAUCAGAUCUCUUAUGCUUCCAGCCAUCCCAUGUCUCCCCUUUUCCUCUCUUCCUCUGACCCCAACCCUUGUUCCCCUCUUUGGGCCUUCCCUGACGCCGACGACGACAAGCUACCUCCCGCCGCCGCCCCCCGCGAUUACCCAAUUUUCGUCACAUCAAAUGGCAACUUUAUUGCAGGUAAUAUAAGCUCAGCUACUGAAACGAAGAGAGAAAGUGAUGAAGGAAAGAAGAUUCCUCCUUCUCCGCGGUGGGGAUCGAUGCCAAUCGAAAGCCCAGAUGGCCACUGCCUAAUAAAAGAGCGGAUGACUCGAGCUUUGAGAUAUUUGAAAGAGUCAACCGAGCAACAUAUCCUAGCUCAAGUUUGGGCGCCUGUGAAAAACCAAGGCCGAUUUGUUCUGACAACUUCAGAGCAACCAUUCGUUCUGGAUCCUCACUGCAACGGGCUUAAUCAGUACAGGAUGGUCUCUCUUCUCUACACUUUCUCUGUGGAUGGCGAAACUGAUGGAGAGUUGGGUCUCCCUGGCCGUGUUUUCCAGCAAAAGUUGCCUGAAUGGACUCCAAAUGUUCAGUAUUACUCUAGGAAAGAGUAUUCUAGGCUAGGUCAUGCCUUGCACUAUAACGUUCAAGGAACUUUGGCUUUGCCUGUCUUUGAAACUUCUGGCAAGUCAUGUGUUGGUGUGGUUGAACUUGUGAUGACUUCCCAGAAGAUUAAUUAUGGCCCUGAAGUUGAUAAAGUCUGCAAGGCGCUUGAGGCUGUUGAUCUUAAGAGUUCACAAAUAAUGGACCAUCCAAGCCCACAGAUAUGCAACGAAGGCAGGCAGAACGCACUGGCCGAGAUUCUCGAGAUAUUGACAGUUGUAUGUGAAACCCAUAACUUACCCUUGGCUCAAACUUGGGUCCCAUGCAUGCACCGCAAUGUUUUAGCCCAUGGCGGAGGAGUGAAGAAGAGCUGCACCAGCUUCGAUGGCAGCUGCAAUGGCCAAGUCUGUAUGUCUACAACCGAUCUAGCCUCCUACAUUGUUGAUGCACAAGUUUGGGGCUUCCGAGAAGCCUGCCGCGAACAUCACUUACAGACUGGCCAGGGUGUUGCGGGCAGGGCUUUCCUGUCUCACAAUGCUUGCUUCUGUAGGGACAUUCGGAACAUAUGCAAGACACAGUACCCGUUAGUGCAUUAUGCUCGAAUGUUUGGAUUAAGUGGCUGCUUUGCAAUCUGCUUGAAGAGCAGCCACACGGGUGAUGAUGAUUAUGUUCUUGAGUUCUUCCUCCCUCCUGGAAAUGCCGAGGGGUUCGAACAGAAGAAACUAUUGGGAUUAUUGCUUGCUACAAUGAAGCAGCAUUUCCAGAGUUUUCGGGUUGCAUCUGGGAUGGAGUUCGGAGAUGAAGAGGAAGUAUUUGUUGAGAUUAUUGAAGCUUCUGAGACUGGGAAACUUGAGUACAGUCUCGAAUGCAUUCGUGUCCCACGUUCUGCCACACGGGCUUCUUCACCGGAUGCUGAUGAUGAUGCAUUGCCAAAGGAAAUGGAGGUUGUGCAGCAACAGCUGCAAUACACUUCAUUGAAACGUCAGCCGAGUUUGGAACUGAAUGCUAUGGAUAAUGGGUUAGAAGUAAACAAUUGUCUUCCUCCUCUUGAAAAUGGGCCCAAGAUUCCAUUGAAGAAGAAGCGAGGCAAAACUGAAAAAUCUAUCAGUCUAGAGGUUCUUCAGCAACACUUUGCUGGCAGUCUUAAAGAUGCUGCAAAGAGCCUUGGUGUUUGCCCUACCACAAUGAAGCGUAUCUGCAGGCAACACGGGAUCUCUCGGUGGCCAUCUCGCAAGAUCAACAAGGUGAACAGAUCGCUCACCAAGCUCAAGAGGGUAAUUGAAUCCGUCCAAGUUGCAGAUGGAGCAUUCGAUUUGACUCCUCUCACAACAUCGCCACUUCCUGUGGCAGUUAGUUCCAUCUCCUGGCCCUCUUGUGAUAUCAAUAAUGGAUCCAAAUCUGGUGAACUAAUUCAUAGGAAGAGUAAUGGAUCACCACCCAACUUUGAGACAGCAGGAGGAAAUGGAGUCGAAGAUCAAACUGCAAGCGUGGGUUCACCAGAGCUGCCCCAAGGUCUGAAAUCGGGAAAUGCUUCGAGAGAAGACAGCGCUGGCAAUUCUACUUCUCAUGGUUCAUGUCAAGGCAGCCCAGCAAACGGCGAAAGUGGCCCCCCUGCCAAGGACCCUGAUGAACAUUCCCCAAAACCUGCUGGGGGAUCCCCACUUGGCUUGCCAUUUCUAGACAUGAAGCUGUCAGCAGCAUACUCAAUCCCAGAUGCUCUGGUGGCGACGACAACAGAAGCUGAAGAUGAACCAUUUGGAGAGAUGCUAAUAGAAGAUGCUGGAAGUUCCAAGGACUUGCAAAACCUUUGCUCCCCCUUAGCCAUAAUCGAAGACCGGCUUCCAGAGUCCAGUGGGACUAAUCCUCCAACAACAGCCCAAACAGCAGCUGCCAAUAAUCAACCAGUGUUGCUGGAUGAUCCUGCAUUAAUCAGGGGAGAAGCUAAGAAAGUGAUCAUAAAGGCGAUGUACAAGGAAGACAUAAUAAGGUUCAGGAUAUCAGCCGGUUGUGGGCUCAUGGAGCUGAAGGAGGAAGUCGGGAAGAGGUUGAAGUUGGAUAUUGGGGUUUUCGACAUCAAGUAUCUGGAUGAUGACAACGAAUGGGUACUGAUCGUCUGUGAUGCCGACCUUCAAGAAUGCAUCGAUAUUACCAGGUCAUCUUCCAGGUGUAAUAUGAUCAGGUUAUCGAUUCACGAUGUGAGUGCCAACUUUGGGAGCUCCUGUGAAAGCACAGGUGGGGGGUUGCGAUGAUGAUGGCUAGUUUAAGAAGUAUUGCUGUGUGUAUAUGCGAUAUAUGAUAUUGAUAGCCAGGUAUUUUUCAGAGUAGCAGAAAAGUUAAGUUAUGUUUGUUUGUUUACCCUUAGGAUUUCAAAGGAAAGAAAUGCUGCUGUAAGAGUUCUUCAUGUAAUAGAGAGAUCUCAGCACUCAUUUCGACAUUUCACCUGUUUUGUUGUCCAUGAUAUUGUGAUAACUAACGUACAGACUAGAGAGGUUGACGUCCUUCUUGGCCAGGUUGUUAGAUGCUUUUGUGCUUGGUGCUUCAGUUUGCUGUGAAAGCCGAGUCACAUCAGGAAUCAGAUCCAAUACCACUGGGACGAAGGUUGCAGAGAAAGGUGUGAUACCUUUUUGUCAACACUUGAUCAGCACAAGCCUUUUUCAGUGGAAAUGGAGGGAUAAAAUCAAUUGAUCUUGACAAGAGCCUUUUAGAAAUGAACUUUUGAUUCCAUCUGUUAGUUCUUUUAACAAAAAAAUGGACUAAGUGAUGGUUUGAUCGAUGGAACUAACCGAGAUGAAGUGUUAGAUGUACAGAAAUGUUGAUGAUG